GGCGCCCCGCCCCGCCCCGUCACGCGGAGCGCCACGCGGCCACCGGUUUCCCUCACCGGCUCAGUAUCCUCACGCGGGGGCGCUGCGGCCGGGUCUCGCGGAGGUGGGGCUGGGAGUCGGGGAAGCAUGGAUCCUGAUGACUCUGAACAAGAUCCUGAAACAAAGGUGCAAUAUGCUUCUGUCUAUGUGGGUAGAGAAGAAGACAUUAAAAGAUCUGAAAGAAUAACAGCUGUUGUCCAUGACAGAGAAGUGGUCAUUUUCUACCACAAAGGAGAAUUUCAUGCCAUGGAUAUUCGCUGUUACCACUCAGGAGGACCUUUACAUUUGGGAGAAAUAGAGGAAUUUGAUGGACGAGCAUGUAUAGUUUGCCCCUGGCAUAAGUACAAAAUUACUUUGGAAACAGGAGAAGGACUGUAUCAGUCUAUAAAUCCUAAAGACCCAUCAGCAAAACCCAUGUGGUGCUCCAAAGGAAUAAAGCAAAGGAUUCACACAGUGACAGUGGACAAUGGGAAUAUUUAUGUGACUCUUUCUAAUGAGCCUUUUAAGUGUGACUCUGACUUUUAUGCCACUGGAAUCUUCAAAGUAAUUCCAAGUUCCUUCUGAUAAAAUUUCAUGGCAAUGAAAAAUGUUGUGUAUGUUUUGAAAGUAUUUUUAGAAUAACCUUGCUGAGUACCAAAGAUGACUAACUUUUUCCAACACAAGCACAUUUAUCAUCUUUAACAGUCAUAUUUAUGAAAGGUUCAAAAGUACAUGUACUUAGUAUGAUGUAAGGAUCAUUAUCGGGAUCUAUAGAAUACGUUUCAGCCAAUCCUCUGGAUUGAUUGGAACCUUAAGGUUAUAGGUUUGAAAUGUGCAUUUGAAGAAGGAUAAAAAUAAUUUGGAGUAACCAGAGUGAAGAAAAGGUUAAAAAAAAAAAAGAUUAGAUCUACUAAGAAAAAUUUAGGGGGAAAAUCCCUACUUGAUAUAGUAGACUUUAUCAUGGAAAAAUUUUAAUGUAUACGAAGUGAAGAGAAUAAUAAACUCCCAGCACCCACCUUCAACAGUUACCAGCAUUCUUCUACUCUUGUUUCAUUUCUGCAUGAGUUCACCACCCCACCUAUUGAUGGUUAUUACAAUUUUUUUUAAGGUAAAAUGUAAACACAUUGAAAUACUUAAGUUUUAACUAUUCAGUUUUUCCAAAUAGAUAGCAGACCUUUUACACUUGAAAAAUACUUCCCAGAAUGGGAUCAGUGUACAUGCUGAAUUUAAAAAUAGGAAACAACUUGCCUGACAUUGAAACCAAUAAACUUUAGCUCAGUUUCUCUCAGGUCAUGGUACACAGUUUGAAAGUAAGGAAGAGACAGUUGCUGCUAGCCAUGAGAGAUGUGACAUCUGCUCAGUGAGCCAAAGGGCUCUGAAUGCCAAAUGAGAUUUCUAAAUAACAUUUUUUAAGGAAUUUUUAUUUGUAUAGAACUUUGCACAUGUAUGUACAACCAAGUGUCAUAUAAAUGUCACAGAGAGAAGAGAUACAGGGGUGUUCCUCAGAGUCUUUUCUUCUGAGUUCGUAGGCAGAUGUUAAGUUAGUUCACCCUGCUUUUUCCAUGCCAGUUAUUUAUGGCCAUCACUUUUCUGGUUGCCUCGUGCCCACGCUGUACUAUAAAUCUCUGGGUACUGAUCAUCUAAAACUCAGUAGCACAUAGUAGAAUAUAAGGAUAAGUGGGACCAGAAAGAACUAUGAGGAACAGACUAUGAAUUCAGAAUGAAAAAAGCUUUUUGUCAACAGUGGAACUUAGUCUCAAACCACAGUAAUCUUCUUAGUGACACAGGGCUGAAUUAAGGCUUAGUAUUCUAACAGUUGGAUCCUUUCUCUUGGCUAUUGUAAAAGUAGUAAGUGAAUAAAAUAGGUAUCAUUAAGGCUGUGCUUACAGAGCCUUUUGCUAUAUAUUAUAUUUUUUCUGAUAUAUUGCUCCAUGCUACCCAUAUUCCAACACUUGCUUUCCUUAGACUACUACUGAGCCAGGCCUGUGUUUUUUAUAAACACUGUUAACAGCAGCAGUUACCCACGAGGUACAGAAAAUGUACCAUCUCUGGAAUGGGUGCCUCCCCGUCUAUUAUAUCAGGCACUGAUCCUCCAAUGACUUAACACAUGUCCAGAAUUUAAAAUGCAUGGAAGAAACCAAAGUACCUCCAGCAGGCAAAAACCAUGACCCUGGUCUGUGGGACCAAUCACAGAAGCAUUUUUUUCCUGAGGAUCCAGUGGCAACAAUGAGUAAUGUGGACUUGGAUUUUAAUUUGUUCCUCUAGAUGGGGAAAUAAAAAUGUCAUGUCAUUCUCAAA